AUGGCGUCCCGGCGAUCAGCGCGACUGAGCGCCCAAACGGACAUCAAGAUUCCGCCGCCUGCCACAAUCAUAGCGCCUUCCGCAGCCUCCCCGGCGCCAAAAAGCCGGAAGAGAAAGGCCCCGGCAGAACCCGCGCCUACAGAUUCAGCUCCGUCCUCGGACCCGGUCACACCGCCGAGAAAACGGAGCUCCAAGGCCGGCCCGGUGACACCCGUUCCGCCUCCGCCAAUGACACCCACCCCGAGCGCCGUCGGCCUCAUCGCCGAACGCGUCAACGGCACCGUAAAGAAGCCCAAGUCCAAGGCCGUUAGCCGGCUCGCUGACCCGAAACUUACCAACGCGCCCGUCAUCUCACCCGAGACGUCGAGGGUGAUCGCGUCUCGGUCCGCCGAGGCGGCAUCGCCUUCCAAGGCGCCGACGAGUUGUGUCCCAGGAGCAGGCGGGAGUGCGAAAAGAACAACCACGGACAACAUCCUCGAGGAAGCAUGCCGCCAUCUCAUCGAGGUCGACGAACGCAUGAAGCCCCUCAUUGAGAAAAACUACUGCUGCGUCUUCUCGCCCGAAGGCCUCGCCGAAAAGGUGGACCCCUUUGAGAGCCUCUGCAGCGGCAUCAUCUCCCAGCAGGUCUCGGGCGCCGCGGCACGAUCCAUCAAGAACAAGUUCGUCGCUCUCUUCACAACAGACGAAGAACCCGAGAUCAAAAUCGAAGCCGCUGAGUCGACCGAGUCCGGGUCCUCCUCCAACAAGUUCCCCCAGCCGUCAGAGGUAGCUGCCCGCUCGAUCGAGAACCUCCGCGCCGCCGGCCUCUCGCAGCGGAAAGCCGAGUACAUCAAGGGCCUGGCCGAGAAAUUUGCGUCGGGGGAGCUGAGCGCCCAGAUGCUGGCGGAGGCCCCCUACGAGGAGGUGCGGGACAAGCUCAUCGCCGUCCGGGGCCUGGGCUUGUGGUCGGUUGAGAUGUUUGCGUGCUUCGGCCUCAAGAGGAUGGACGUGUUCUCGCUGGGCGAUCUGGGCGUACAGAGGGGCAUGGCGGCGUUUGUCGGGCGGGACGUGGCCAAGCUGAAAGCCAAGGGCGGCGGCAAGUGGAAGUACAUGUCGGAGAAGGACAUGACGGAGAUGGCGAGCCCGUUUGCGCCGUAUCGUAGUGUGUUCAUGUGGUAUAUGUGGAGGGUCGAGGAGACUGAUAUAAGCACACUGGAGUAG